CUAAAACAAUUAAUAAACAAGCUUUAGAUACAAUCAGAGAAAUCUGAUACAUCUUUGCAAUACGUUAAAACACUACCGUUCAUUCAAUUCGAUGAUAAUAUAUAGGACGCGCGGGAGAAUGGUGUUGGCAAAGGGCCUGAGGCCACUACAGGUGGUCUCUGUGAUAUUAUUCGUGAGACUUUUGUCGGUAUUCCUGGUUCAAACGUGGUAUGUGCCUGAUGAGUACUGGCAAACUUUGGAAGUGGCACAUAAACAAGUCUUUGGCUAUGGAGCAUUGACCUGGGAAUGGCAGCAAGGCAUCAGGAGCUACCUGUACCCAAGUAUAGUAGCAGGACUUUACACCCUUCUGAAGUACACUGGACUGGACUAUCCUGAGGCUCUGAUUCUCCUGCCUCGCAUCCUGCAAGCCAUUAUCAGUACUGCGGCUGAUUACAGUUUCUACAAAUGGACUGGCAAUCGAAAAUGGGCUUUGUUUCUGAUACUGACAUCAUGGUUCUGGUUCUAUACCUCCGGUAGAACUUUACUGCAGACAUUAGAAACUUCUCUUGUUGCCAUCGCUUUGUCUGAGUUCCCAUUCAAAGGUGGAAAAUUGGGACACUAUGAACAAGAAAGUCCAAAGUGGAUAUGGCUGGCAGUAUUGUGCGUGUUCUUGCGUCCGACAUCAGCACCACUGUGGGCGGUACUUGGUGCUUACAACUUGCUAACCACCAACCAGAGCCGAAUGAAGCUUGUUCUUCGCACAUACGUGCCUAUUGCAUUGAUCUGCGGUAGCGCCCUCGUAGCCCUGGACUCGUACUAUUACGGCCGCCUUAUCGUUACUCCUUGGGAGUUCUUUAGGUUCAAUGUACUGCACGACAUCGCAUCUUUCUACGGACAACAUCCAUGGCACUGGUACUUAACUCAAGGUAUUCCAGCCGUUUUGGGUAUCAACGUGAUUCCUGUACUGUGGGCCACUGUCAAAAUAUUGCGACAACCAAAGGAGAACAAAAUCGGAAGCCUGCUUCUAACCGCCGUCGCUUUAUACGUAGCUGUAUACAGCUUCAUUCCACACAAAGAGUUCAGAUUUGUGUUGCCGCUGCUACCGAUAUUCCUGUAUUUGGCUCAAGACGUGAUUGUACCAUGGAGCAGGAAGGCUAAGAAAUUCCACCUGUACUUGUUGGCCGGCUCCAUCCUGGUGGGUAACGCGGUGCCGGCGCUGUACUUCGGCGUGGUGCACCAGGCGGGCCCGCUGCAGGCCAUGCCGGCGCUGCGCCAGGCCGCCACCAACAGGACCUCUAUCACCUUCCUCAUGCCGUGCCACUCUACGCCUCUCUACAGUCACCUGCACCUGAACAUAACGACGCGCUACCUGAGCUGCGAGCCCCCCUUGAAUGCGUCGGGCACGACGUACGAAGCGGAGACAUUCUUCAACAACCCGCAGCGGUGGUGGCGACAGGAAACUGCACUGAGACAGGCGCCCGACCUGCUCGUACUCUACGACCGACUCAAGGGACGCAUCGAAUCAAUUCUCGCCGGAUACAACUUGUUGCAUGAGAUCCCCCACACACAGUUCCCUGAAGGCGAGGUCAGCGAAAACUUGUUGAUAUACCAAAAAGCGAAAACUCCAUCCAAAGUAGCUGCCGAUGACGUCGUCUAACCUCCCACGGACAUCACCCCGUGUUCAUGUUAGUAGACCCAAUUCUAUAACGACGUAGUUACGACAAAUCCUACACACUGUUAUGAAUCUUAUUGGUAAACGAACAAGGAUCAUAACAGUGCAAGGCCGGUUAUAUGCAUAGACUGUUUUCAAUGAUCGUAAAGAAUCAUGUGAAGUUUUAAAGACGAAGUAUUGACGUGCCAAAAUCCAUGUAUCAGAUUUUUGAUAACUUGGAAAUUGUGCCAUUGAGGCAUUAACGUGUUGCAACAAGUUUCCCUGGAUCUGUUGCAUCAACGAGAAGAUUGUCAUCGCCCAUGAUUUAAAAAAAAAUCCGGGUACA